CAAUACUGUGCUAGCUUCUGUUCGGUAUUUGCCUGAGAAAUUCGAGAAUUUUGUGUUGACUAUUUUUCGAAAUUUCUGUAAUUGAUAAAGCAUGCAGACGCAAGGUUUUACCGACACUAAUAGAAGUGAAUGUUCGUGAUAUAAUGUGAUGAUUGGUUAUACAAGCAUCCAGUGAAAGAGUGAAUAAUGGCUUCCAUAUCAAUAUCCUCAUCUUCCAUGUUACCAAUCAUCAUGUGUGUACCUAUCAUCCUGUGCCUUACAAUACUCCCAGUCAGUGCCUUCUCUCAAAUAUGGGAACCAGUCAGUACAGAGGACCCUGGAAUCAAAGGGGUGUUACACGGCUACCCAAACCCCUGGAUGGAUCCUGAACAGUGCGGGCGUACUUACGGAGAGGAAGCCUGGAUAUGUGAUGUGGAUGGUGUACUGUCUAAAGAAGAUGCUGAUGAAAUAAACAAUCUGUUGACUGUGGUCAACACGAAUGCUUCAUGUGUUUGUAACUGCAGCAAGAAUGCAACAAUGGAGUCAGGAUACGUCCUUGCAGUCGCUGUAGUCAAGACACUUGAGAUUGACAAUGCAAGGCUGGAUAUUGAGGAGUACAGUGACAGGUUAAAACAGCAAUGGUUCAUUGAUAAAACCUGUGAUGAUAGUGGCCUUAUACUGGCACUCUUUAAUGAUUCAGACUCAGAGAUCUUCAUUUCGUUGGGUGAGGCCUUAGACGAUCUUCUCUCGGACCAGGCAUUGCCGCUAAUCUACAAAGCCAUCCAGCCAAGCCUGAGUGACAGAGAACUAACCCUAGCCCUGAACACAACGAUACAACAGUUAAGCUCCUUAAUAGAUGAAGCCAUAACUGCAAACACUGAGCCAAAUAAUUUAGUAGCGGGAAUCCUCGGUGUGAUUACAAUAUUAUCUAUUUUGUUAUUUCAUUACUGGAUAAAGUAUUAAAGGUUUUUUGUUUUUUUUACCUCCAUGAUCAAACAUGUAGCUUGUUGCACCUACAAGUAGUGACCAAGCACAUGUGAGCCAUUUGCGUGUUAGAUUUGAAUAUUGUCUGGUACAAUGACGUGCUUGAUCACAAGUUACCACUUAAAUUUGAUUUCACCAGAUUAUAGAGGCAGUUGCUAUGUCACUUGAUUCGGGGCAAGCUUUUCUAUAGCAACCUCCAGAUGAGCAAACCCUAGUACCAUUGUGCUAUACACCUUCGUUCAAAAAAUUGUAUGGGUGCUCACCGUCUCUUAUGUAACUAUGCAAAAGCUUGUCCCGAAUCAUGUGACAUGGCAACUGUCUCUAUCAUGUCUAUAGUCUUGUGAAUUCAAAUUUAAGUGGAAACUUGUGAUCAAGCACUUCAUUGUACCAGACAAUAUUCAAAUGUAACACGCAAAUGGCUUAUUCAUCAGGGCCCAAUUUCAUGGCUCUACUUCUCAUCAUAAGCAAAGAGUCGAUGCUUAUACUGGCCUUUGAGCGGUUAAGACCUCUGAGCCUUAUUUCAUGGCUCUGCUUACCAUGGAUGUCUGCAGGUACAGCCUAUAUAGUUAUCAAUAAUAAUAAUAAUGGAGUCUUAUAUAGCGCCGGUAUCUGCCACAAAAAGGCACUCAUGGCACUCGCUCAUGAUACAAAUAAACAUUUUUACAGGGCACCGUAAGAACAGAGUUUCAUGGUAAGAACAGCCAUAAAAUUGAAUAGACGUUCAUUUUUGUUUGGGAAUAUAAUAAUACAAUUUGGCUUUUAACCCUUAUGCCGAUGUGUUCUAAGCACUGUAUACUCGGUAUGUAAGGGUUAAAUAAAAACAAAUCAUAUUCUUUAUUUCAAAAAUUUCAAUAUUCAAAAUUUAACAUAUGUUAAAAUGUGGAGGUACCCGCUGAUAAGGAUUCAAAAUGUGUCAAGCCAUCUGGGAUGGACAGCUUGGUGGUCUAGUGGUAAGACAUCUGCUCAAGCAAUCCGAAGCUCAUGGGUUCGAAUCCCACCUGAGUGAUUUGCCUGUGGAUUUGUUUUCACAGAACUCUGGAGUUUUCGUCCCAUAAUUACUUUUAAAAGCACCGAGUAUACAUUGCUUACCACACACCAGUGUAGAGUUAAGCCAGAGUUAUAUUCUUUUUUCUCAACUAUUUCACCAAUUAAAUUUCAAAAAUUUUGUUGAAGAUUAAAGGAACAUGUUGCCUUAGAUCGGUCGAGUUGGUCUUCGAAAAGCG